CUUGGUUGCACCCGCUCACCCUAGACCACUUCUCCAGCCCACUCUAUCAGAGAUAUUCGUCUGUUGCGCUACUGCUCUAACCUGCUGGCUGGCUAGCUUCACUCGCAAUCAUGGCUGCACCGACGAGGCCUAUGGUGUACAUGAACGUCCCCGCCACUCGCGGCGACAAAGACGAGAGCUUCGAGGAAAGGCGGUUCCUUGAUUAUCUCAAAGCGUACCAGGCGACCGGAAAACCGCCUGUUCCUUCGCCGCUCGUGCCGACGGAUCCCCAGCAGCGAGCUGCCCUCGGGCUCCCGCCGAUAUUUGAGCCAUUGGUUGAAGCAGAAGCAGUGGUGAACGGAAUCAUCACUCCGUCGACAAGCUCCGCGACGCCUAUAUCUCCGUCACCCUUGACUGCACCGCCAAACUUUAUAGCGCAGGCAUUCGUGCCCACGAGGGUGGAGGAAUAUGGCAGCGAGACGUUCUUUCACUCUAUAGUGACGCAGACGGAGUAUUCCAAAUGGUCAUUUGAGGAAUUGCGAGCAGAGGCCUAUAAGGCGGGCAAGAAGUAUGCGGAUACCCCUGUGCCGCCACCGCAAGUUCAACGUCCGCCCCUGCUCCCAGCCGCGCCUUUACUAUCUCAAGUCCCACCAGACAGCAUACAGAGCAUCAACAGUAUGCCUCCCUAUGACCAGCACAGCUUCGAGGAACUGCGCCUUGCCUACGUGCGCGCCGGCAGGCCACUUACAUCCCCUGAAAUUAUCGCCCAAAAUGCUAUCCUACGGCUCACCGUGUAAUCUUGCUUUCACCGACACGCACCCGCUAUACCCUGUACAUCAC